AUGUUAAAAAAGUACUCUUCAAUAGCCUAGAUGCAAUAAGAAAGUUCCAAAUCUGAUAGGUAGUAUCCAGUUUUGAAUAAGAUUUCUGUUUGCAUAUCGUAACAAUGUCUAUGAUCUAACACAUUUUGUAGAUGAUCACCCUGGAGGAAGGUUCUCUCUCUAAACCUUUAAGGGUAAGGAUUUAGAAAACGUAUACCCAUUCAUUUUUAAUUCAGAUUCUAUUUAAUGCUUCCAUUCAUAGACACUAACCAUCUAUCCUCUCUUCAUUAGAACAAUAUAAAUGUGGUAUUAUAGAAGCCAAAAUCCCUCAAGAAAAUAAAACUAAGUCUCAAGUUACUGCUACAUCUAAAUCCAAUACUUCCUAAAAGAAUGAAUAAAUUUGUAAAACCUAAAUGAGUGAUGACAAGACAAAUAGAUCUAAUAUCACAUCCAAAUCUAAAGUUAGUAUUUAAUAACACAGUAAUUUGCUUUCUCUUGAAUCUAAUUAAGUUAAGAAAUCAAACUCAAAACAAACUUCCAAAACCAAACCUAUUAACAAGACUGAGAGCAUUAUUGCAGAAUCAACCAAAACUAUUAAAUCUAAAUCAGAUUUAAAUAUUUUAAAUCCAUCUAGGCUCUAAGAAACAUCGCAACCUCAAGGUUCUUCCAGCUUAAUUUCUAUUGUUUCAAAUCCUAAAAUUUCACUUUUAUCCCCCCAAAUUAUAUAAGAAGAAGAUGAAUCUUAACCAUCACCACUAAAUAAUUUACAGAAAUUUGAUUGUGAACUUAUUCCAGAAGAUAUUUUGAAUUUAAAAGUGCCUAUUUUAGAUUAUUAACUAACUGGCUAUCUUAAACUUAAAUUAACCCUCAAAAAUUGA